AGUCGUCACUCCCUCUUACUUUAGGUAGCUUAAUUGAUAUCUCCAUCAGACAAGUGUGCAGUCCAUACAUCUGCACCCCCGUCAGUCGCUUACGCUUAUACACCCCAUAGACUCAUAGCUCAAUCUUAACCUGGGCCUUGAGUGACCGCACCGUUCAAAAUGACUUCGCGCCUGGUCCUGGUCAUCGGUGACCUGUUCAUCCCUGACAGAGCUCCCGACCUCCCCGCAAAGUUCAAGAAACUCCUGACGCCGGGCAAGAUCGGACAGAUUCUCUGUCUCGGCAACUUGACCGAUCGCAACACAUUCGAGUUCCUCCGGCAGGUGGCGCCCGACCUACAACUGGUUAAAGGCGAUUUCGAUGUCGAUUCCCCCAAUCUCCCUCUCUCGAAAGUCGUGACCCACGGCAGCCUGCGUAUCGGAUUUACGCAUGGCCAUACGAUCAUUCCCCCAGGAGAUGCGGAUGCUCUCUUGAUCGCCGCUCGUCAGAUGGACGUGGAUAUUUUGCUGUGGGGUGGUACCCAUCGCUUCGAGGCUUUCGAGCUGGAAGGCCGAUUCUUCAUCAACCCCGGCAGUGCCACGGGUGCGAUGAGCACAGGAUACUGGGCUGAGGGAGAUGAGCCCACACCCAGCUUCUGCUUGAUGGAUAUCCAAGGAGAUGUUCUCGUGCUUUAUGUUUACCAGUUGAAGACGGAUGCCAACGGGGUUGAGACGGUUGCGGUGGAGAAAGUAUCCUACCGCAAGAACAACAUCGCACCUUCAUGAAUUGACGCUUCUAUCUAUUUUUCUUGUACAUAACCAUAGAUCUGAC